UUCCAGCCUUUCUCCAGAAGAGUUUGCCUUUGCCAAAGAGUACAUGGCAAACACAGAGACCUAUCUAAGGAAUGUAGCCUUAAAGCAUAUGCCUCCUAACUUACAGAAAGUGGACCUCUUGAGGUCAGAGUAAAUGGGAAAGAGAUACGAUGGUCAAGACUUCACAGAGGAAGUGUCAUGAUUGGGUAAACCAAUCCAAACCAAAGCCUGAUUUAAGCAUCUCCAUCCCACUGAGGAUGUCCAGUAACAUAUUCAAGAGUCCAGUUACGAGAAUCACAUCCUACCCAGGCAAUGAGGUCAGAUACCAUCAAUGGGAGGAAACCUUGGACAAGCCCCAACAAGUGUGCUGGCAGAAGAGACUUCAAGGACUCCAGGCCUGCAGCAGCACAGGACAACUCUUAAGUCCUUUUGAUCUUACCAAAGCCCUGCAAACACUUGUGCCUAGUUGCACAGGUGAGUCCCGGCCUGGUGUUCUCACAGGUGGUCCUCAUGGCAGCUCCAUGUCCAGCGCUGCCAGCACUGCAUGUGUGGCAGAGAGGAUUCCAGGAGCUCGUCGGGGUGUCCCACAGCUCCCCUGCAAACAAUUUCUGGUAACAGAGAAAGAUAUCAAGAAACAGGAAAGGAAAAUGAAGAUGGCAAGAGAGAGACUGGCGAGAGCGUUGAUUGCAGACAGACUCGCUAGUGAGACAGAGAAAGUGAGGGACCAAGAAGAACAUCCUGAAAAACACUAGG